AUGGAAAGCUUCAGCCUCUGCUCUUUUAUCCAUCCCUACUUGUCUUCUGGUGAACCCAUUGCCUUCAUGCCUCACCACAGUCCUCGCUGGCCGGAGAUAAAGGCCGUCCUGUCUAGAAUCGCCGCGACCUGUCGUAACAUCUUUCAUCUUGUCUCUCUGUUCGAUUACCUGGAACAUCUGGUGAACCUUGGUCCUCCCUCAACUGCGCUGCUGCAGUUGAUCCCCUCAAGAGAGACAUUUAUUGGCCUUGGGAACUACCUAUUCUACCACACCGCGGAGGAACAGAGGAAUUUUUUCUUCUCCAGUCUUUUGCCAAAGAUCCUAAACUAUGCAAUCGAAAUCGAAAAUGUUUUCCUCACCACACCCCUUGCGUACUCCAGGGCCUAUGAAGGUAUGCACUGUCUUUGCUCACGAAUGUCACAUUCAGAAUUUACCGUAUCAAUACCCAGGUCGCAUGUGGCCAGUUUGAUCGCCUGUUCCUUCCUAUGCCUUUAUCCGAACGCGGAACGGCAGAACUGCCUCUUCAGUGAUGUCAACUUCACCUACUUCUUUCACGGGAUCACUUCUGAGUUUGCCUUCUAUUCUUCUCCUAACUGUCUACUCUAGGUCAACUGCGCAGGUUGCUAAACUGCAAGCCAUUUUGCAGUACUUUGCGUGUCUCUCCGAGCCGGAAGGAAUGCCCUCUCAACCAUCGUCCGCCUUCCGAAUAAUGCGCCGAUCUCUCCGACUGAAGACUUUCAACAACGGCAACCAAGCCUCUGUGGGUGAGGCGCAGUCUUUGCUCCCGUUCUACGGCAGGCAAUUUGUAGAUGCCCUCAGAGGAACUCGUUUACCAUUGGCUCUAGUUGAAAAUACCUGUGACAAAGAGACUGUAUCGGAAAUGUUCGAUUUGCCUAUCGUGAGUACUAUUUUAAGUCAAUGCCCUGCCUCUCUUGGUCAUUUGAAUAUGUUGAUCCUGAGAUCCGCUGCCAAGGGUUUCACGAUGUGCGCACUUUAUUUCUCAGCGUUGAAGUAGAUUGUCCGGGACAGUAACAGAAUCAAUUACUUGAGGUGUAUGGCACAGACCUACUGCUUACUUCUACUUCGACUGAUCGCUCGGACACGAGAAUAUGGAUCCUCCCUCAUUCCUCACCUUCCCACUUUCCUAGUAAUACGAUUAGCCUCACACUAAAUUCCUAAUUCCAACUAUAACCGUAACUCUAACCGCCCUUGAAUUUAGGAUAAGGCCAUCUGUAAUACGGAGGGUCCAUAUUCCAAUGCCCAACCGAGUGAUCUUCCAAAAUUAUGUUUUAACAGAAAUUGAGUUCUAGAAAAGACAUCUUGUCAUGUGCACGAAGUUAAAGUGGACGCUGGGUGGUGGACCUUUUUACUGUUACCCAUGGAAUAUUUGUGCAUCCUUGGAAAUCACGGGUGCGUUAAAGCGAAGGAUUACCUGCCUUUUAUUGGGACAAGAUUACACAGAUUUACAAACGAUAAUUUUCAUGGAAGAAAAAGGUUGUUUUUUGAUAAAAGGUGCUUAUUCUCAGUUUGCCUCACGCGACUUACGCGGAUCAAAAAAAAAUAAAUUUUCAAGUUGGUGACAGUAGUUUUAACAAACCUGUUCUGUUUACACGCACGCUAACGUGCAUGUGUGGUCUGCGCCCGUUUGUAAUAUUGGAACCUUGAUUAUUAGCUUCAUAUAUGCGUGUUUAUAUGUCGCGCCAGCCGACCUAGUCCUCUGUUCAUUUCUUCUGACGACCGGUCGGUGUCGCCGACCUGGAAAUUUACGCGUACAACUCGAUUUUCCGAAGAGCCUUCUCUUUUUCAUACAUACAUAUAUAUAUGGAUAUAGGUAAAAAUGCUGACGCCAGGUGUUAAUAUGGAAGAGGAGGAUGAGGCGAUCUCUGGGGAAGAAGGUUUAUGCAUCUGACGUUUCGUGUUCAUACUCGAGCACAUCUUCGGAGAUCUCCGAAGAUGUGCUCGAGUAUAUAUAUAUAUAUAUAUAUAUAUAUAUAGGCAGAAUAGUAUUACCGACAAAGACAAGGGAGACUGGAAUGGCCAUUUCUGGCUUAUUAGCCGUCGUCAGCCAGCCAUACCCAAGCCCGAAGUGUGGAACACCCGAGCCUCGAACUCGCGACCUGUUGGUUUAGAAGUCAACGCCUCUACUCACCGGGCCACGAGCCCGUUGCCUUGUCGGUUUUCGAUCGGGAAUAUACAAUGUUAGGGGGCGCUCACCGAUCGUUCAUACGGAACUCACUCGUUCCGUUGUGCCUUAUGGACUCUCUCUCGAGCCCAACCAGCAGCCGCACAGCGGCGCAUGAUAUAUAGGCAGAAUAGUAUUACCGACAAAGACAAGGGAGACUGGAAUGGCCAUUUCUGGCUUAUUAGCCGUCGUCAGCCAGCCAUACCCAAGCCCGAAGUGUGGAACACCCGAGCCUCGAACUCGCGACCUGUUGGUUUAGAAGUCAACGCCUCUACUCACCGGGCCACGAGCCCGUUGCCUUGUCGGUUUUCGAUCGGGAAUAUACNCGCCCAUUCCUGAUUGAUAAAUACCCGAUCUGCAGCGACAGAGAAUGACAGGUGGCGAGGCACUGAUGAACUUCGGUUCGAUGAAGUGCUUAUGACCCAUCUGGUAGGCCUCAGUGGUGGACCGACUGCGCCAGGUGCGUCUGUGCGCAUGUUUGUGUUUCUGGUCUCAGCUGCUGGUGGUGGUCAGGGUUAUGAUUGGCUGAAUGAAGGCAGAAUAAGCCCGAAACAGUGCUGUAUCAAUCUACCCGCAUUCUCUGUCGUCCCUCCUCGCUGCUAUAUAUAUAUAUAUAUAUAUAUAUAUAUAUGUAUCCCGAAUGAUAGAGAACACACGCGGCCCAGGUAAUUGAGUAGAGGAAGACGGGAAGGCGAUCGCUGGGACCAAUUGUUUAUUUAUCUGACUUUUCGAACUCUCGCGCGAGCCCAUCGUCAAGGAAUGAAAAAACUGUACAACUCGUCGUAUAUUUAGCUCACCUCUGCCGGAUGUGACCUCUAGCCGCGCUGCUGAUUUGUUCACGCAGUGCUUGAUAGGCGAUUGGCAGAUCGAUAUGUCAAUUAAUCGAGUCCUCGGUUGACUGUCACUCUUCCUGCAGCUGAAGAGCAACUCGGUCGUCCGACUGGCCCAAUAUUCUCACGCAUUGAAAGUCGAAGCCGUGUCCUGGCGAGGAGGCGUGGGCGGCUACCAAGGAGAGUUUACCCUUCCGUCUCACAGCCACCUCGUGUUCGUACAAUCUCGUGCGUACCUGUUUGCCGGUUUCACCAACAUAAUUGGCUUGACCACAACUGCAGUCCGGUUUUGGUUGCCCCUUCGGUUUCCUUGCCCGGGUUUCUCGCCUGCACUUUUCGACAAAAUUCCCAUGGUAGCCGUUCGCUGUGAAGCGUUUCCGCAGGAACUGGACCUCAGCCUUCUUGUCGGCUGGCUCAGUCAAUGGGUUUCUACAUGCCGGUAGAGUGUUCUCACACAGCUGCGUUUGUGCGAAAGGCGGUGGUUGCUAAGAGGUAUUCGUCGAAGUGAUGGUUUCUUUCGACGUGAUAUCACUUUCCACCUGUUUAACGGUCGUUACCGAUCAUCAGUACGUCAAAGGCCCUAACAAAUGAGGUAUACAAGCAUGUCACUGUUGUGGCUUCCCGAUCUACAAAGACAGAGAAUGACAGGUGGCGACGCACUGAUGAACUUCGGUUCGAUGAAGUGCCUAUGUCCCAUCUGGUAGACCCCACUGGUGGCCCAACUGCGCCAGGUUCGUCUGUGCGCAUGUUUGCGUUUCUAGUCCCAGCUGCUGGUCAGGGUUAUGAUUGACUGAAUGAAGGCAGAAUAAGCCCGAAACAGUACUGUAUCAAUCUACCCGCAUUCUCGUCGUCCCUCCUCGCUGCUAGUAUGACUUGGUCGACUUCAGCCAAGUAAUUGUUUGACUGUUCGUGACCUUUUCCACCCAUACGGAGCUUGUUUGCUUCGUGAAGCCAACAGAUCGGUGUCGCCCAUUCCUGAUUGAAUAUAUGUAUAUAUAUAUAUAUAUAUAUAUAUAUAUAUAUAUAUAUCCAUGUGAGUUAUAGUAGAGGGCGCUCACUAACCACGUUAGGGACUUGCUCGUCCCAAUGAUUGGAGCGUUGGACUAAUAAUCAUUUCAAAACUAUAUGGGCCCCAUAUGACAUCUUAGUAGUGUAAAAAAUGUGGGCUUUUUUCCUUUACAGAAAGUAUGCAGCAUGUAGUUUAGAAUGCCUAGGCGCAAGUUUAAUUGCAUAUAGAGUUCAGAAUUAUACGGGAAUUAAAGGAGUUUUUAAACUGAAUGAUACAAUUUCUCGAAGCAUGGUGUUUGAAAAAGGCGUAAUUUGCUUCAAAAUGAGUACAAGUAAGAACAUUUUAUGCACUUUUUCUACAAAAUAUAUUUGACUUUAUAGGGGCAACGAGAAUCCAUAUGAGACAUCCGUACAACUUUAGUAGUCACUUUUUACUAAGUGUGCUUUUUGCAGGCGACCGGAAAGAACCAAGUUCAAAAAUUGGUGUCCUGGCGUGACUAAAAUACCCUAGGAUUCUUCUGCACGAUAAUAAAUCUUACAACUCUACCUAACUAAUCUUCUUUAAUUAAAAACGCAUUUCGGAAUUUCGGUUUACAUUUCAUGAGCUCGGCCAGCUGCCGUGUACAUAUGCAUAUAUAUUCUCUGGAGAUCAUGUACCAAAAACUGCAUAGAGGACACUGGGGGACCCACUGAGAAGCCGAACCCAUCGCAGCAGUGUCGCGCAGCGGCAGAAUAUCGGCUAAACGCAUGUCUGGCUUUUAACUAGUAUCUGUAUCAGGAAUGCGGUGUAGUAUCUUUGCCAUAUGUAUAUAAUGGUAGAGGGGCGCUCACCGAUUGUUUUACGGAACUCGUUCAUCCCGCUGUGCCUUAUGGCUCUCUCUCGAGCCCAACCAACAGCCGUACAGCAGCACAUGAUAUAGGCCGAAUGUUAUUACCGACUAAGACAAGGGUGACUGAAAUGACCAUUUCUGGAUUAUUAUCUAAUAUGCGUGUAUAUUUAUAUAUGAGGUAGUACCGACGAAGACAAGGAAGACCGAAAUAGCCAUUUCUGGUUGGUUAGCCUUCAUCAGCUAGUCAUACCCAACCCUAGGUGUUUUUACCUGGGACUCGAACCUGGGAUCUUUGGUCAUUGAAUGUAACACUCUACCACUGAGCCACUAGCUUGUCGUCUUGUCGGUUUUGAUCGAGAAUAUUAUGUUAUAGAUAAGUCACCAAUCAGAUCUUUCCAUACUCCCUCCAAAGGUACUCACUAAAGGCUCAGACACGUGUUUUGCAGGUGUUUCUGCUACUACAUAAUGGAGUUGCGAGAAGUCCGGCUCCUCUGUUUCCUUGCGAUUCCUUGUAUACGAACUCCAGGGAAAUAUCAGGUUUAUCAUUUCGGAAAUUAGUAAGUGUAGGAAUAAUUGAACCACUUGUAGUUUUGACAUAUCUUAUACACAGUUAGAUCUCAUACGUUCUUCCUGCAGAUCGACUUUGUGAAUUCCUACGUUGGUGGCGGUGCGCUGCGAGCCUCGGAACUCUCCUCUAAGUCGGUCUACUUCCGAUACCCCGAGACCCUGGUUGCACUGGCUCUCUGCUGCCGUCUGGAGGGUCCAGAGGCCCUCUGGAUCGAUAACUACCUCGGUCCCUUUGGAACAUCCGCGGAGGACCCUCUGGAGGGGGCAAAACCGCGCACUUUUCGGCGUCUUGUAGUCGCCAACUCCACUCGCUUCCCUGUCUGGGCCUCUGAACUGCAGUACUCUGAGGCCGGUAUUAUUGAUGACAUUGUUAAAACAACGGCUGGCCUCUUCCAGGUCGACUUGAAUGAUGAAGAAAUUGCCGUAUGUUACGAAGUCCCUGCUGUUUGCCUUCAAAGUUUAUGUCUGAUUUGGUUUCUCUAUAGAUGCAGAGUUUCGACUUAAACGCUGGAUUUGGUUGCACGGACGAAACAUCCGAUCUAGAGUAGGAGGGGAGCUUCUAGACUGCCUGUUUAACGCUCACGUGACGCUAUUUACAAUCGGCGUUGUUUUCGUUGCUGCAGACAGUUGUAAUUUUUAUUGUGGGAAUGCGUUCAGUGAUUUGGUUGCGGGAUGAGUACAGUGAGUUACCGAUCUCAUGAAAUGUUGGCUGCAAUCCUGAAAUUCGUUUUCGAUUAGGAAGCCGGUUGUAAUACUGAUUGCCCUGCGGCAUAAUCGUAUAAUAUUUCGGAGUAUGCAAAGUCGAGACUUUCCUGUAGAAGAAGUAGACGCAAGGUUUGCUUCUUGUCGUCGUUUUGGAGACAACCACUCGCAUCUAGCAAACGCAUUCCGACAGCAGAGAGACACGCAUAUUUGAGAUGUCUGUUUUAACAUGUGCACGCGAACUGCUCCAGGCAUGUUUCAAGUUCGUAUGAGGGAAAUGAAACGUGUCGGCGAGUGGUCCUUUUGAGUAAUUCACCAGCAGUCCACCUAUCGAAGCGCAUGAUUCGUUCAUGGGAGAGAAGAGGUCGUAGGUGGAGGAGGGGGUGCUUGAGGACCUCUCGGAUUGGAAGUUAGGGUGCACGACCAGUAGAUACCGAGGGUGUCGGUUCAGCUAGCGUAGAGAUACCGAAAGGGCAGUUCGAAAGAGCGGGGGGGGGGCAAACGACACACGUUCGGGUCGAUAGUUCCCACGACGUCAGAAGGCCUGCGAUUGGCCAUAGCGAAAGAAAAGCUGAGACGGGGUUCUCCUAUGCACACACACACACACACACAGAGAGCUGGGUUCUAAGAAUCGAGACCACGCAUUCUGGCGACCACAGUACUUAUAACCAUCCGAUCAGAGAUCCCACUAUUGUGUACGCAGGCAGGAGCAGAGCCUGGAGGUACCGCGCCGGCUUGAAGGUUUGGAAGUGUUAGGGUUCAGAGAAAUGGCGGGAACCAAUUAUUCUGAUGAUGAGCGGACCCAGUAAAAAUACUCGGAGACUACAACUUGCUUUUUGUCGGCACUCCCCCUGCAUGAUUAGUGAUCGCUAUGUGACUGCCUACGACGGACCUAGAUUAGGCCACAUGGCACAUCGGGACGAGCACAGUGAGUGACCGAUCUUAUGAAAUGUUGGCUGCAAUCCUGAAAUUCGUUUUCUAUUAGGAAGAAGUACUUAGACGCGGUUGUAAUACUGAUUGUCCUGCGACAUAAUCCUAUAAUAUUUCGGACUCGGCAGGAGGUCGACUUUUGAAUGCACUGCUUUUCAAACUCCUGUAGGAACCAUACUUGAUAGCAUGCAUUUCCCCGUUAAUUUUCGAGGGUCUUGCAAAUUGAAAUAUAUUUUAGAGAAAGCACGAACAAAAAUAUACAUUCUUUCAGUCGUUAGAUAGAGAAUUACGUCUUCUUUAUAUCUUAUACUCAAAGAAGGGGUAUAAUUAGGUUUUAAAAAAGUUUUCUUGUUUCCGAAUAAUUUGUAACCUGAUCAGUCGUUGCGCCAGCGCUUAGUGAUUUCAGUCUACAAGGUGCAUGCGUUCCGCGUAAAGAAAAUCUCAUAUCCGUUUAUGCCUUUAAAAAGAUGUCAUAUAGAGUCCAUAAAAUUUUGCAAUGGAUGCGGACUAAGUUGUACAUUUCAUGAGGAGCAGUGGUAAAUGGACAGGUACGAUGCUAUAUGAAUGGGCAUUGCGCGGUCUUAAAAAUCUCAUAAUUAGAAACUUUUUAAAAACCUUAUUAUACUCCUUUUUUGAGUAUAAAAGAUAAAGAAGACGCAAUUAUCUGAAAGUAAGUAUAUUUUUGUUCGUGCUUUCUCUAAGAUAUAUUUGAAUUUGCAAGACCAUCGAAAAUCAAUGGGAAAUGCAUGCUUCUUAAGUAGUCAUUUUUUACCAAGUAUGGUUCCUACAGGAGUUUGAAAAGCAGUGUAUUCAAAAGUUGACAUGCUGCCGAGUCCGAAAUAUUAUAGGAUUAUGUCGCAGGACAAUCAGUAUUACAACCGCGCCUAAGUAAGCCUUUUUAAUCGAAAACGAAUUUCAGGAUUGCAGCCAACAUUUCAUAAGAUCGGUCACUCACUGUGGCCUAAUCUAGAUCCGUCGUAGGCAGUCACAUAGCGAUCACUAAUCAUGAAGGGGGGAGUGCCGACAAAAAACAAGUCGUAGUCUCCGGGUAUUUUUACUGGGUCCGCUCAUCAUCAGAAUAAUUGGUUCCCGCCAUUUCUCUGAACCCUAACACUUCCAAACCUUCCGCGAGCAUUCAAGCCGGCGCGGUACCUCCAGACUCUGGUCCUGCCUGCGUGCACAGUAGUGGGAUCUCUGAUCGGGUGGUUAUCAGUUCUGUGGUCGCCAGAAUGCGUGGUCUCGACUCUUAGAACCCAGCCUUCUGUGUGUGCAUAGGAGAACCGCGUCCCAGCUUUACUUUUACCAUGGCCAAUCGCAGGCCUUCUGACGUCUUAAGAACUAUCGACCCGAACGUGUGUCUUUUGUCCCUCCGCUCUUUCGAACUGCCCUUUCGGUAUCUCUACGCUAGCUGAACCGACACCCUCGGUAUCUACUGGUCGCGCACCCGAACUUCCAAUCCGAGAGGUCCUCAAGCACCCCCUCCCCCGCCUACGACCUCUUCUCUCCCAUAAACGAAUCAUGCGCUUCGAGGGGUGGACUGCUGGUGAAUUACUGAAAAGGACCACUCGCCGACACGUUUCAUUUCCCUUAUACGAACUUGAAACAUGCCUGGAGCAGUUCGUGUGCACAUGUUAAAACAGACAUCUCAAAUAUGCGUGUCCCUCUGCUGUCGGAAUUCGUUUGUUACAUGCGAGUGGUUGCCUCCAAAACGACGACAAGAAGCAAACCUUGCGUCUACUUCUUCUACAGGAAAGUCUCGACUUUGCAUACUCGUCGAAAUCCUUGUAUUAGUUGCAGACUACUAGAUGGUCGCCUUUUAAUUAGUAGUACCUACAUAAAGACGGACAGAAUUUGUGGUUUAUGAAUUAACUUGAGGUCAUAUUAAGUGUCUCUCCAGUCUGUAUGGCUACCCCUCCUGCAAGAAGAAAUAGGGACUCCGCUUAUCCCGGGGAGUCUUGCACUAAUGUCAGGGGAGUGUAGAGUUAGAGCUAGGGUUGGAGUUAAAUUUAGGGUUAGGGUCAGGGCACGGGAGGGUGGAGGGCGAGGUGAGGUUCCUAUUCUCGUCUUAUCGUUCCUCCCUUUGAGUGCGCAUUUACUGAUUUCAGUGGGUAUUCCAUGAAGUCCAGUGUUCUGAGUCGGAAGUUGCCAUCCCAGUGUCCCUUGUCUCACUUAGGGUUUUUUCCGAUCCACAGGCUUCUGGCCUACCUUCUCCAUUCAGCUCCGAGUGGUGGCUUCAACAUUCAUCACAAUCCCUUAUAGGUACGUGUAUGGAUACACCAGUUCUGCUCAAAAUAUUCCUCUGAAAUUCAUGAGCUCAAUUUAUUUGUGCUUUCUAAAGACUGUCAAACGGGUAAUUAUGACGCGGUACAGAAUGCAUACUUUUAUACAAGUGCUAGAGGGAACCUACAGUAGGUGGGCUAACUCACGAAAUGUCAAUCGAAAUUUCGAAAUGCCUUUUCGUUUCGAAAAGAUUAAUUAAGGAGGGUAGUAAAACUUAUAAUUGUACAGCAUAAUUCUAUAACAAUUCAGUUACCUCAGGAUGUCGGCUUUUGAAAAAAACUUCUCUUUGACUGCAUGCAAGACUUAUGCACUGUAAAAAAUGACUACUUACAGUACCUGUGCUAACUCAUGAAAUGUCACGAAUUAACACAGGUUAACGCCUUUAACGCAAAAUCGGCAAACACUACGGCUCCCAAAGUCUGACAGCGGAAAAUAAACGAUGUGCCAAAGAAAUAAAGCAAAGUUUGGUUAAGAAAAUAUUAUUUACUGAGAUAAAAAUAAAUAAUUUUCGACAAAAGUCACAUUUUCGAGAAACGCCUAUAUUACAACCAAGUUAAUAAAGGCUACGUAUGAGGACGUAUAAAGGAGGAGGGCGCAUAAAAGGUCAAAAAUAAUUAAGGACAGAAACAGAUACAAAAAAUUAGUACUUUGUAGAUUGUCCAUUCGAAUUAAUAACAGCAGAAAGUCUGUCCGACAUAGACAUGACAAGGUUAUCUAUGGUGGAUUGUAAAAUGUAAUUAUUGAGUAUGAAAUCCAAUUUUUCCUGCAUUGAAAGAGUCUUCUUAGCUUUGUGCCAAUUUCUUUUGACUAUUNCAUCAUCCGCCGACAGUUCUUGAAUGUUGCCGUCGGUGUAGUAUGUUCUCUUGGGAAGUUCUUUCCACAUAUGACAGUUUGGAGCGACUUCGUAGGCUUGUCUAAAAAUAGAACCUCAUCGCAGAAGAAAAUGCUCUUCCAAAAUGAAGAUCUGUAUUCACUAUAAUUCUUAGCAAAUAAAAGCCGUUCUCUAAUUAGUUUUCUACUUAAAUAUGGCUUAAUCAUGGCCUUCCGCCGCUGCAGUUCAAAUUCCUUCAUCCUUUUUCUAAUGAUGUUCAUAGAAAACAUCGGCAGAUGUUCCCGCUGAAUGGCCUCAAUGGGCAUGUAAUGAAACUUUUUUAAUGUACGACGAAUAAAAUCGUCGUCUUGCUUACUUGUGGACCGUUUUGGUCCCCCUAUCUUAUUUCUAGGAACAGUUUUAUCAUUAAUAAUGCGCCACAGAGUGACCUUGCUAAUAUUGAAAAUAUUAGCUAACGACUCACGCGGGAUUCCUUCCGCCGCUAAUUUUCGAAUGCGCUGGAAGUCAACUUCGGAUAAGUAUUGUUUAGACAUAGUUAUCGUUUGGCGUGGCAGAGCAAAGUGACGGCAUGUCGCGCGAACUCAAUAUAUAUUCGUUUACGACACGCAUUUUCAGUCUGGUAAAACAAUCACACUGAUAAACUUUUUUAUUUCGGUAUUUUGAAACAUAAAACUUUACGAAUUUGUAAAAAAGAAUUUUUAGAUAAAGAAUCGCACGUUAUUUCCUGAACACAAUAAGAAAUAAUUUAUCUGCAUUUCCCUGAUUUUGUUGAUAUUGAAAUUUAAUUUUUUCUUUUUGUUCGAAAGUUUAUCAAAGAAUUUCGUCCUUUUAUUAAUCUUCUUAAACAGAUUAAUAAGGUUACACAAAGAAUUUCCACCCGAAAGCUUUAAUAGCGUAGGAAACUGCUUGAAUAUCAGGAAUCCUCCGAUUUCGCCUUAAUCCGGCCCGUUUUCUAUUUAAUAUACAGAUCCGUAUCAAACUUUCCUUCAGAAAACGGUCUUUUCGUCCUUAUUUCAACCAAAUAAACACAAAUAACGACACCAAAAAUACACUACAUUGUCCACUAUAAUUUUGACCUCGGCAUUUCAUGAGUUAGCACAGGUACUGUAAGUAGCAUGCAUUUUACCCAUCGAAUUUCGAUGCCUUAAACAAUUCAAUUAUAUUUCAUAAAAAACAUGCAUGAAAAUAUUCAUUCUCUCGCCCAUCCGGUCGGAAAUUACGCCUUCUUCCAAUUUUGUACUCUGAGAAAGUGUAUAAUUCGGUUUUAAAAAAGUUUCUAAUUGUGAGAUUCUUUAAUACCUCAUGUCUCUGCCUUUACCAAUAUGGCUUGUAAAGUUAACAGUAUGGCUCAAAUGCACUACUAAAUUUUAUGAACCCCAUAUAGUCUCCUCUUAAUACCAUAGAGAAAUGUAUGGUUUUUCGUACGCGGAAAAUAAACGUCUUGUAUUUUGAAAACCCUGAAUUCAGGUGUAACGGCAGGUUGGGUUCAAAAUUAUUCGGGAAUUGAAAAAGUUUUUGAAAACCUAAUUAUACCGUUCUUCUGGGUGCAAAAUUGAAAGAAGACGCAAUUUACUACCGAAUGAGCAAAAGAAUGAAUAUUUUUAUGUACGUUUUCCAUGGAAUAUGGUUAGAGUUUUAGAGGCAUCGAAAAUCAAUGAGAAAAAUGCAUGCUACUGAAGUAGUUACUUUUUUCCGUGUACUGUUUUUGCAUGCAGCCGGGAGAGAAGUUCGUUCUAAAGCCGGCACCCUGAGGUUACUGGAUUAUUAUAGAAUUAUGCUGCAGGCUAAUUAGUUUUACAAACCUACUUAAUUAAUCUUUUCAAAACGAAAACGCAUUUCGAAAUUCCGAUUGACAUUUCAUGAGUUAGCCCACCUAUUGUACCUCCUUGCUACCCUUUUCAUCGUACGCGCUUAAUGGGUUCACUCCAUUAAAAGAGGUCACCUUAUAAUUUAUAAUUAAGUGCCACUUGUGGUAGAAGCAGCCUGCGUAAUCUUUGCGUAUUCGAUUAUUUUUCUUCCCCCGUCAGAACCAGAUGAUAUCCCUCCCCUUCGGAUGGAGUGCCAGUUGGUCGAUGGUGCUAAUCUGGCCCCCACUCGUGAGGCGCGGGCUGUCGACCGGUUUGCUCGUCUCCUCUCCAAAGCAACCCUUAAGGAGGCUUUACAGGCCUCCCGUCUGUGUCCCGUCCCCUCUUGGCCUCACCAUGGUCACCGGAGUCCUCUGAUGUGUACCCCCACAUCAUCAUCACGUAGAUCCCUAGGCCGCUGCCCCCAGUGCCGACAGGAGCCACCUGUUGCGGCCUCAUCCGCGUCCUUCUCGUGAGUUUGUGAAGUUGUAGGUAACCUCUCUGAUUUGCGACACUUCUUUAUCAUGUGUUCGAACUUUGCUACUAAUCAUUCUACAGAUCUCUUACACUGUUCACCCAGGGAGUUGUUUUCACUCUGUUCCAGGUUCCAAAAUCCCACAAAAAGACCAGAGCCAAACAUACCCUCACGGUCGUUGAAGCCAGAUGGAAGUCUUCGUGAGUCCAGCUCCGGCACUUCAUUUGGAGCAGUAUUAGAGGGUCUGCCGGACAAGUUCACUGAGACUGUGGGCCUUCUAGCCAGUGAAGUCAUGUCUGACGUACGUGUGCCCGCGCCGAGUGGAGCCAUAGCCUUUACUCCCCCCUGCCUUAAUUAUUUGCACUUUGUUGAACUACACAUAUUCGCCUACUUGUUAUGUUUCAGUAACACUUUAUGAUCGUUUUCAUAAGCCUGUGGAUCCACGGGUUACAUUCCUGGGCUUUCUUUUUCAGGCCAUCGGCACUGUUCGUAAGCGCCUGCGGGGCAUUUACGAGGUCUCAGAUAACCUAACUAAGUCCCUGCUAAAGGAAUGCCUCACCCCUUCUAUGAACGCGCGCGAUCCGACCUCGCCCAAAAACAUCCCUCUAAAGCACUUGCGCCCUCUCACCGUGGACAUACAGCCUCAGGUACGUGAGAUUCGUUCAUUCGAGGUUAGGGCUUUUUCAUUGCGUGUAUGAGGGAUCGCUGCAUCCACUGAAGUGUCUUGACAAUGCAGCCCUAAAAGGCAAGCCCAUUUUGAAUGCUUACCGGCAACAACAAGGGAGAUCGUGAUAUUCAUUUCUGGUUUAUCUACCCGUCUAAACAAAAAUGCUGCACCACUUGAACCAUAGGCUCACACCAUGUCAAUUGCGUCUUCUGCAUAGCAGUAAAAUUUCCAAAAUGCCUAUCUUUUUGUCAGCUUUAACUUAAGCUGCCUGUCCGAUGACAGAGUUGACUUUGGUUGCCUAUAGGCUACUGCUCCUCAACUACUAAAACAGUUCCGAGUUCUCGUAGCGUCGACCUGUCGUAGGACUCCAGGUCUAUUGACUCCCAUCGCACUGCGGAUGUCGCACCGCUGUCUCCUAACUCGGGUAAAACGUAGAUUCCCCCGUUUAGACGCUGUCACAGGGUUUGCGGAUAAAAUCGUCAACGUCACCGAGACUGACCUUUUCUUAAUUUUCACUCAGGGGGGGAGGGGGGAAAUACUGUUCCUUAGCCUCACUAAUUUUCCAUUCGGGAAGGUGAACUACUUUAGGCUGGUGGUGUUGGUGGCUGUGUUGAUGGUGAAUGCCCGUUACAUCUGACCUUAUGUCUUUAACGAUGAGGCAACUCUUUCUAGUGGCUUUUCUAACUUUCACCUGCAAUUCUCAAGACCUCAGGUCUCUGUGAGUGCGGGCGCUGCAACCAUAACUUUGGCUUUUUGUCUCUGCAGACUUUGGAUACCACGCAACCCCUUCCUCGGAGGCCAGCCUCGACAACUAACUUGCUGACCCCGUCGCAUGCCCAUACUGUAAAUCCUGGCGGAAUAAGGACCGCCUACAGCGAGCAUUUGAUCAACUUUUCCGUUAGCUUGGCCUCCCGUUGUCUCCUAAGUGCUCUUCUCCAACUCAGGCGUGAUUUUAUCCGUUCUCAUUCCUCCUCAACGUCGGACUCGUUCUCUAAGGAUCAGCCGUCAGAAGAUUCUGCCGCUAUGGCUGCCAAAAAGUUGUCGGAAGGUGCCCUGUGGAACAAGGUAAGUUGCUGUCGUUUACCACUGCCCCUAAAACCAUUAUGUCACCAUCACCCGUCCGCUGCAUUUACAACCUUCUCCUUCGUCACUUAACCUUCUCUGAUGACAAGGGAAUGUCAGGACGACUGCAGGUAGGCGGAGGCUCAUUGGUUGACAAAGGUGGACUGCCAUCCACGCGCGCUGCACACCCCUUGGUCUCCACUGCUAGCCAUUACCCCCCCCCCCCCCCCCGUCAUAAUUAUCCUCACUCCAACUUUUGAACUACAUAUAUUCGCCUACUUGUUAUGUUUCAGUAACAUUUUAUGAUCGUUUUUCAUACGCUUGUGGAUCCACUGGUUACAUUUCGAGGGCGUGUCGGACCUUGUACGAAUGAGUGUCAUAAAGGCCACAUAAAAAGAAGCCACUUCAGUCAUGGUAUAACGUCCCUGAUCCAAUUGAGGGCGAAACCCAAGAAGAAUUAGGGCAAUUUAUAAAAAUAAUGGGACGCGUAUUAAAUUGAACCUACUACAGUCCUCGCUAAUAGCCUAAUGUACAUAGGUAGGGCCGCAGGAGUUCUUGCUUAACAGCAAAGUCGACAGAAAGCCGAAGCUCGAGCGUCCUAUUUCGUUUCUUGGAUAGCUUUCUGGCGUUUUAAUGGGACCUCAGGCGUUGAAGUAGUCCAAACAUUCAAAUCCAGCGUUGCGAUUGAUCGAGAGGCAUUGUGAAAAGAAAAUAGAGCAAACUUGAGUCAUCAUCAUUCCACUUAAUUUGUAUGUAUAGCAUGUUUCUUAUGCUAAGUACUUUUAUAAUAAACCCAAAUUAUAACAAACAAGGUACUACGUUUUAACUCCCCAGUAUGCAUAGUCAAGGUUGCUUCUGCAAACACCAACCCUAUAAAUAGUAAUAGCGACUGCGUGCGCGCCCCUGCAGGGCUAGUGGUGUAUAGGUUACAGUUUAUGACGUAGCAUGAAGAUUACAUAGAUGUAUAAAUCAGAAUUUUAAAAGAAGAACAAACUCCUGUUUUUUUGAAAAUAUUGUGCAUACUCACAUCUUCCUUGGCCUGUCUGAAAAAUUAAGUUUCCAAAUGACAUCGGUUGUUUUUGUGAAUAUUUUCCGUUUAUGUUAACGCCUUCUACUAAGAAAAACAUUAGGCAUUAACGCGUACAUACGGUCUGUGAUGCACGGUCAGAUGUGGUUAUGUAGCCCCACCUGAGGUGAACAAGCCCCAGUCCAUAACCCCUAACACCUAACAUUGACCCGACGCUAGCCCUUAACCACGGCCCUAAACCCUAACCCAACAGUACUGUGUCCAUCAGGUGGGGCUACAUAACCACAUCUUACCGUGUGCACAUUAAAAAUUGCCCGAAUUCAAGGUAACGUUUAUUUUCGCUCAAAACAUAGCAUCCGAAGCGCGAGUUAUGGAUGUGAUGCAGACGUUGAUGAAACGGCAGUGGGUGUUUGGCUUCCAAAAUGGGGAGGAAGUAAGGGCUAAUACCAUGUCUGCCACCCUACCCACGCUCCGGCAUUGUCAUGGUAACUGUGGGAAGAUGGGGUGGGGCGGAUUUCAAGCAAGUAUCCAUGUGAAAUUUGCCGCUGAUGCUUCGGAAUGCUGGUAGUUAUUACACCUACUCGCGGGUAAGGAUAAGAGAUUGACCGCCCAGCACCAGUUGCAUUCACCUCCCGCCAGUCCUUAUUCGUCUGUGAAUUAUGCCUAAUGCAUUGUAUUUAUAUAUGUCACGGAGAGGGGACACCUAUCAACCUUUGCCUAUAGCACUCCGUAUGCAUACAUACUAAAUCGAGCGUCUUUUUCACAGACAGACAGGCCAGCACUGGCUCGAGCUGCUCAACGGCCGUCGGGCUUUGUCACCGGUCCGCUUGUCUGUGGAGUUGACCCUCAGGUGAACAUUAUGAUCCAGUGGAUUUCUGCCGCGGUCGCCUCCUCCACCCAGCGGUCCAACUCGGCCUCGCCUGCAGCCCCACCGACCUCCCAGUCUUCGCAAGACGCCGUCACCCGGCGUUCACGCUCCUAUCUCUCCCCUGUGGUUUUCGCCACGCAUGGCAAUCCGCAGCUCCAACAGGUUGUCCUUUUAUGGCCUCAUUCCUGCCUCUGAUUGGCCUCUCGUCUGCUUUAGUUUUGUCUCUGUACGUGUGUGCAUCUGAUGGCUCCCACAACGGACUGCGUUGUAGACUUAUCAUGGAUGGAAACGGGGGCCUUACUGCAUCGCGGCGUGCGUUUAUCAGGCUGUGCAGGGCCAGCGCGUGCCCAUAGCCACUGACUGGCUCACUGGAGAGGGAGACACUGAUGCAUCCCUCACUUUAAAGGAGCUGAGGCGCUUGCAUCUCUCAUGGUGGGCUAAGAGUGGUGGCUUUGUGGGGAGGGGGGGGGGGUUGCCAUCUCAUAAGAUAACUCAGUCCUCCACAGGGCUGAGAGUCAAGUCGCCGUAUCUCCUUGAUGUGACCAUUGUGCCUCCUGCGCGCUUGAAGUCCGAGCCGGCACUUCAGGAGCUAGGUAUGUUUAACGGCCCAGGUCGUGUGCGUGGCACGCGUAGACCGGUCGUACAGUUUUGGUAGCCACUACCGCCGACCCCACCCCCGGUCUUCUCGGCACUGUCUUGACCUCGAAGCAUGUCGAAAGAAGCGGGAGGAGUGCGAUAGGUGCUGUGUAAGUCUGCCUCGCUGCAAACUAAUCCACGCGCUACCCAUUUGGCGGGACACGCAGUGGAUGUUGUUGCUUGAGGCGGUCAAACUGUCUCGUGGUACCCGCGCGCACGUACCUGGCACGCUUUAGACAGGGGCCUCAUUCCUUCUCAGUCACUGCGCUCCAUCACUUUCCCACUGGGACUGGAGAGAGAGAGAGUGAGGGAGAGAAAGGUCAGUCCAUCUCGGCUCCAGCCUCAUUACACGCAGCCAAACGUUCCUCGAAGCUGGCACAACUGGUCGCGCCUUGGGAAACCUGGAAUUCAGACUGCGAUGGCUCCCUCUCAAUAUGACCUCUGUGAUGCCCCCGAAGCUUGAAAUAUGUAGUUUGGUUUGUGGCACGCGUAGAAGGCCUGUUUAGGUGUGUAGUACACUGCAUCCCCGCCCCCAAAUUCAGCCAUGUUGACCUUGUCUCCCAUCAGUAGCAAGGUGGAGCGUGGUCGCCGCCGCGUAGUCUGCUUACCUGUAAACACAUGCAUGCUCUGAUCAUCACUGCGCCUCGUCUGAGGCCUGAUCAGAUCAGAUUUAUUAAGGGAAAGGUAGGCAAGCGCCUUUGAACUCCCUUUUUGCGUACGAUAACGUCAUAAGUGUGUAAGGCAGGUGUCAAAGAAGCUUAGGUAAGUAAUUACACACAACUAGCAUUGGCUACUGGUAUAAAUCUGUCUGUGAGUUUCUUCUUUGUCAAAUCUGUACAAUAACCAGUUCGCGGUGCUGAGUGGACCAAGUAAUAUCAAAGCAAACGUAUAGGCUUCGGCCGGCGGAUAACGAAAAGGCACAAGCCAAUUCUACUUAAACAUAGGGAGUAGCAUACUUUGUAACGUAAAACGUUUGGGCGGAUGGUACAGGGCGGGAAUUCGCUAGUUUCUGAUGCCGUGGAGGUACAUAUCCCUGUACUGGUCAAGCUUCCUCUUAAAUGUGUCCACGGAUGAAAAUAUGACGAUGUCCAUGGGCAGGGCAUUCCAUGCCUUUACCACUCUGUAGCUGAAGAAGGACUUCCUUGCGUCCAGUCUCGUUCCUGUCACACGUAGUUUCAGAGGAUGUCCUCUCAAGCUAGUAGUGGUGGCCAGCUCAAAGAAGUCGCGGAAUGCGAGGCAGCAAUCCUGACCGCGUAACAUUCGAGACGUUUAAAUUAAGUCGCUAAGUAGUUGUCUCUAGUCUAGGCGAAAGAGGUCAAGAUUGGACAGUCUAGUUUCUUCAGCCAAGAUGGCUUGCGUCUUUCGCAAUAGACGAACCACCGGUGCUUGCAUAAGUUACUUCUUGUCGUCCGUUGUUGGGGGCACGUCUUUUCGUCCUUUCAUCUUAAACCGCACCACCAGAGUAGCCGAACUCUCAAUCGGAUAGGCUUGUUUUUUGCUUAGCAUCUGACAAGAUGAACCCUCGCUCCUCAUUUGUGCUUCUCCUCCCCCCCCCUUCCCCCCCAGCCCGUCAUCCUCUUCACGCACUUCUACGCGCCGUUCAAAGCCCAUUACAAAGUGGCCUUAUCUGCUCACUCAAAAAAUUAUUAUUUUCCACAUCACGCACGGCCGCUCUUCCAUAUCCAGAAACCGCAUGCUCUUUCAAUCAGCGGCAGAAAAAGGCCCAUCUGGAGGUAGCUAGACAGUUCGCCGUAUGGCACGCCCCCUGUGACUGAAUCGUCGGCUUUCUGUCUGUCUGCAGAUCGCCUUGUCUCUGCACCCCUUGCGUAACGCGCCUGUAGGUAGGACACAGGACUAUAAACUUCCUCCACCCUCCCCCCCUCCGCAUCGCAGGGAGGGGCUUGCGCCAAAUUCCAGGGGCGGUUGGGAGUUGUGGUUCGAGUUAGCUUAUUGGCGUAGCUGCCUCCCUGGAAUCUGGCGCAAAGCCACCUAUAGUCCGGGGGGGGGGGGAGGGGCGCCUACCCCGGUCUCUUCCCUUAAGCCAGUUUUCUGAGAACGGUUAAUCGAACCACGCUGGAUCAAACGGUUCUGGACAGUUUUGGCGGCUAACUCAAUUAUCUGAGGUCCAUCAGAAAGGUGAGACACCUAUUUGUUUUUUAUCGAGCCGGUUGAGCAAAAAAAUUGAGAGGUUCCGAAGAUGACCAGUAAGGCUAACUGAUCUGCUUGGCACAAACACUAGGUCCAUAACGACUUACGCCAACGAAAAGAUUGUUGUAGCGUAAAUGACAGUAAACUCGGACCACUCGAAAAACUCCAACUUAUCGACAGGCAAAAAGUGACUACGCUCUUUCCGUCCAUUUUCAACGUCAUCCACCGUGCGAACCACCGCUGAUUUUGCCAACAAGUUGCCCCGCUGAAUGACGCUUCACCACCACCAACACCACCACCACCACCACCACCGACAGCUAGUUGGCGUACUCGCUUAGGCCCGUGCGCUGCAACAACGGACGCACGCCUUUGCGGACCAAUUGGAUGAAAUUACGACCCUCAGACCGUCUCAUUGUCGAAGUACGGAUUUUCCCACUUCUUCCGUCGUUAGCCAGCCAUACCAAACCCCGAGGUGUGGAGACCUGGGCCUCGAUCUCGCGGCCUGUUGGUUAGAAGUCCAACGACUCUAACCUCUGAGCCACGGGUCCGUUGUCCUAUCGGUUGCGAUCGGGAAUAUACAAUGGUAAAGGGGCGCUCACCGAUCGUUUCUACGGGACUCACUCGUCCCGUUGUGCCUUACGGACUCUCUCUCUCUCGAGCUCAGUGGCUGGAGGCGCACAUUGGCGCGUAAUAUGAGGAGAAUAGCAUUACCGACAAAGACAAAGGAGACUGGAAGUAUGUGAUACAUGGCACUCGAUCCCGCGACCUAUUGGUUUAAAGUCCAACGUCCCUAGCCACUGAGCCACGGGAUCGUGAAAUAUAAUUCGUUGGUACGUGAGAACACUGUCAUUUACGUUAAUGCCUUAGGGCUCUCUAGGGCCCAACCAGCAGCCCCACAGCGGCGCAUGAUAUAAGCAGUAUCUUAUUAUCGACAAAGACCAGGGAGACUGUAAUGACUAUUUCUGGCUUAUUAGCCGCCUUUAGCCAGUCAUACCCAAUCCUGAAGUGUGGAACACCUGAGGCUCGAACUCGCGACCUGUUAGUUAGAUGUCCACGCCUCUAACCACUUAGCCACGGGCUCGUUGUCCCGCUGGCUGUGAUCGGGAAUAUACAAUGGUGGAGGAACGAUUAAUAAGCCAGAAAUGGCCAUUCCGAUCUCCCUUGUCUUUCUUGAUAAUAACAUUCUUCCUAUAUCAUGCGCCGCUGUGUGCCUGCCGGUUGAACCAGAGAGAGUGCCCGUGAGACAAGUGAGCGGCAUGGGUGAGUUCCGUAAAAACGAUCGGUGAGCGUCCCUCCACCAACGGAUUUUCCCCUUAUUCACAAGUGAGUGUAGUGGUGAUGCCACUAUGCAGAAUAAACGCUCGACGCUACAUUCGAUCCGUUCCUGCUUGCAAAUAGUUGACCAGAAUAAGUGGCCGUCCAAAGUACCUGCGACCCGGUUGUCGACUGCCUCUCACAGGCGAGUGUCCACUCCACGAUGCGCACAUACUGUAUGUGGGCUAACUCAUGAAAUGUCAACUGAAAUUCCGAAAUGUGUUUUCGUUUCGAAAAGAUAAAUUAGGUAGGGUUGUAUAACUAGUCAGCCUGCAACACAAUUCUAUAAUACUUUAGUUACGUCAGGAUGCUGGCUUUCGAACGAAAUCCUUUCCGACUCUAUCCGAAAACUAUACUCUGUAGAAAAUGACUGCUUGUAUAGCAUUCAUUUUUCUCGUUGAUUUUCGAUGACCUUAAAAAUCAAUUAUAUUUCCUGGAAAACAUGCGAAAAACAUUCAUUCUUUUGCUUUCUCGGUAGAAAAUUGUCCCUUCUUCCAGUGUUAUACUCGAAGGAAGGGUGAACUUCGGUUUCAAAAAAGCUCCUUAUGGUGUGGUUUCUUAAUACCGUGAAAUGGCCGUUGACAAAACGUCUUCUCUGCAUUUACCAAUGUAGCUUGUAAAGUUACCGAUAUGGCUCAUACCCACGGCUGAAUUUUAUGAACCCUGUAUGGUCUUCUCUCAAUACCAUAGAGAAAUUUAUGGUUUUCCGUGCGCGGAAAAUAUACAGCUUGUAGUUUUGAAACCCUGAAUGCAAGUGUAACGGCAUGUCGGGUUCAAAAUUAUUCGGGAAUUAGAAAAGUUUCUUUAAAAGGAAUUAUACUCUUCUUUAGAGCAUAAAAUCGGAAGAAGACGUGACUUUCUACCGAAUAAGUAAAAGAAUUAAUAUUUUGAUGCAUGUUUUUUAUGAACUGUAAUUGAAUUUUUAAGGGUAUCGGCAAUCCAUGAGAAAAAUGCAUGCUACUGAGGCAGUCCUUUUUUCGGACUAUAGUUUUGGCAUGCAGCCGAAAAGACGUUCUCUUGAAAGCCGGCACUCCGUGGUACCUGAAUUAUUAUAGAAUUUUGCUUUUGUUUCGAAAAGAUUAAUUAAGUAGGCUUUACAACCCUAUUAAGCAUUUCGAAACAAAAGCGUAUUUCGGUUGGUAUUUCAUGAGUUAGCCCACCUACAGUAGUAUUCAUUUAUCCAUUUUUUUCAGUGGCCUUAUGAACCCAAGCACACACAAAAAUACCCCCUUAUGCUCAUUUUUAGCAAAUUAUGUAUUUUCCGAAUUUUCUCCUCGAAGAAGGAGUUUCUUUCGCUUUUAAACAAGUUUGUGCCUAUGAGAUUUUUAAGCCCUUAAGGUUUCUAUUUACAGUAGAUGUGCUGUCCUAUUGAAUGUUAAUCGAAAUUCUGGAACGUGUCUUCCAUUAGGAAAGACUGCUUACGUAGCGUCAUAAGACUAACUAUCGCGCGGACUGAUCAAAAAAUAUUUCGAUCACGUCAGAAUGUCGGCUUUUGAGCGCGCUUCGUUCCGGCCGCCUGUGAAAUCUACACCUUGCAAGAAAUGACUUCAUAAGUAGUCUUAUUUUUCCCGCUGAUUUUCGAUGCUCUUAUACAAUCCAGUAUAGUUCGUAGGAAACAUGCGAAAAAAGCUUUUUUUCUUGUGCUUAUUUGGUGGUAAGUUACAUCUUCGAAUCUUAUGCCUGAAGAAAGAGCACAUUUCGCCUUUAAAGAAGUGUCUCAUUGUGAUAUUUUUGAAAUCGUGAAAUGUCUACGCAUAAAGCAUCAUAUCCGUCCACUUAUUGACGCUGCUUGUAAAUCAUCGACGACAGUUCGACCGUCGUUGCCGACGAUGUCCACCGUGUGCUCCACAACAGGGUGAGAGCAGGGACGUUGAGUAGUGCGUGAAUUAGUUUAUAGUGAAUGUAGGCUUGCACAGCGUCUACCGCACUCCCUCCCUCUCCCCCUUCCGCACCCAGUGUCAAGACAGAGUCAAGAAGACUGGAGGCGGGAGAGGGCGCAGGUGGAUGGCACGAUCGAGCCGACACAUUGACGCUCCACUCCACACCCCCUGACUCACACAGCAAAUGACCAGGUUUGUUUGACCGACAACAAUAAUGAGUAGCAGCAGGGGUCCCAAUGUGAGCAGUGCUGUCCCCAAAUGAGGCUAAAUAGACAUCGCACGCGGAUACCGAGCUUUACUAUUGAUUAGUAGGGUAGCUGUCCGGUCCGCAAAAUAUGCUGAGGAGGAUUUUGUGCACCAAGAAAAGAGGCGGAUGGAAUGGACCAUAAUUGGCGCGGUCUGAGUCUGCAUCUGGUCGUACCGCGACUCUCCCAAUUUGGGCGCUUGUAAUGGGUGGGCAUUUUAAAUAACGCCUGCCGGACUGCGCUCUGGUCCCCCUGAUGGUUCAGCGCAUUUAUCGGGUGGCCUGUUUUAGAGGCAAACGAUAGUUCGACCGUCGAUUUCCACGAUGUCCACCCUGUGCUCCACAGCAAGGUGAGAGAAGGGAUGGUGACUUGCGCUCGAGUGGCAGUAGACUCGCACAGCAUCUACCGCACACUCUCCUCCCAGAAUCCGAAAUGCCUCCCCCCCACGAGUUUUUCCAGUGCAUCUACCACGUGGUCCGUUUUGGGGGACAUGCUUGUAAAUUAUACAACAUGGUCUACAGUCACUGCAAAAUUUUAUGAGUGCUAUAUGACGUCUUGAUAACAUAUAAAUGUGUGAUUUUCCUUGCAGGUAAGGUGUACGGCUUGUGGUUUGUGGACCUUGAAGACGGGGACUGAGAAUGUUCUGUAAAACCGAAAGAUGCGCUUCCCUCAAAUAUGAAAUUUGGAAAAGACGUAAUUUCGUACGAAAUAAGUACAAGAAUGGAUAUUUUCGUGCAUACUUGCCAUAGAAUGUAUCUGAAUGUAUAGGCACAUCGAAAAUCAAUGAGGAGCAUUCUUAUUAUUUGAGUAGUCAUUUUUUACAAGGUUCACUUUUUUCGGACGACUGGAAAGAAGCCCGUUCGAAAGCCGGCAUUCUGACGUGAUCGUAAUAUCUCAGGAUUAUGUUUCGCGAUAGUCAGUUUUACGAUCAUACGUAAGUAGUCUUUUCUAAUCGAGGACACAGUUCCGAAUUUUGGUUAAUAUCUGAUUUAAGCAGCACCAUACCUGUCCGUUUAUUGAUGCGCCUCAUGAAAUAUGCGACGUUGUCCAUAUUCAUUGGUAAAUUUUAUGAUGUUUGUAUGGUAUCUUCUUAAAAAUACAUAGGAAUGUAUUAUUUCCCCAAAUGGAAAGUAUCCAGUAUGUGGUUUGGAAGUACCAAACUGGGGUGAAACGACAGAGCAAGUUUGUAAUUAUUUGAGAAUUUAAAAUCCUUUCAGAACUGGAAGUCACUUCUUGAGUCGGAAAUUUGGAGAAGCAAUUUUUCUGCAACAUGGGUGUAAGAUAAUAAAUAAUAGUAAUAGUAAUGAUAAUAAGGUAUCCUGAUAAUCAGUUUAAAAAUGCAUACUGCUCAAGUAGUCGUUUUGCAAAUGCGGUUUUUGUAGCCGGUCGGAAGAACUUGGAAUUAGACUGCGUGAUGAUAAUUCUGCCGUCGUUGCUCGUGAGAGCAGACACGAGGACUUGUAUGUGAGUUAGUUUACAGUGGUAGCAGAUCUACGCAGCAUCUACCACACUCUCCCCUCCUCCUUCCCCGCCUGAGCCCGGUGUCAAGACGUAGGCUCCAAUUGUUAGACUUUAUAAUACCGUGAAAUGGCCGUUCAUAAAUCGUCUUGUCUCUUCAUUUACCAAUUUAGCUUGCAAAGUUAACAAUAUGGAUCAAAUCCAUUGCCAAAUUUUAUGAAUCCCAUAUGGUCCCCCUUUAUUACCGCAGAGAAAUUUGUGGUUUUCCGUACGCGGAAAAUACAUGGCUUGUAGGUUAGGAACCCUGAAUGCAAGUGUAACGGCAGGUCGGGUUCAAAAUUAUUCGGGAAUUGGGAAAGUUUUACUAAACCAAAUUAUACCCUUCCUUUGAGUAUAUAAUUGGAUAGAGACUCCAUUUUCUACCGACUGAGUAGAAGGAUGAAUAUCCUUAUGCCUGUUGUGCAUGAAAUAUAAUUGAAUCUUUAAGAUCAUCGAAAAUCAUUGAAAAAAUGCAUGCUACUUAAGUAGCCAUUUUUACGGAGUAUGGUUUUUAGAUACAGCCAGAAAAAGUUUGUUCGAGAGCCGGCAUCCGCGGGUAAUUGAAUUGUUAAAGAAUUAUGUUGCAGGCCGGCUAGUUUUACAACCCCACUUAAUCAAUCUUUUCGAAACGAAAACGCAUUUCGGAAUUUCUGUUGAUAUUUUAUGAGUUAGCCCAUUUACUGUACGUCGCUUACACACUGACAAAAAUGGAUAGGCCACCGACACGUCUACAUUGUAUGCGCGUUGCGUCUGACAUAGAGAUAUCUCCCGUUCCUCUUAACGUCCAGUUGCCGUCUGUUUGUAGCUGAACGCCAUUGUGGACGCGAUCGGCGCGGCCGGCUGGAACGCGGACCAUCUACUGCGCAGCCUGUUGGAGUACUCCGAAUACCGCUCACGCCUGCUCUCCGGCGGUCCGAGUUCACCGAAAAUUGCCGCUGGCCACGGCGAUGCACCCCCCUCAGCGCCGCCCUCCAACUCCCCCUUGCGAGUCCUGUCUUUCUUCGACUUCCUCCUCUCCCGCUUUUCCGACCACACAGCGCGUACUCUGCCCAUCUAG